GUAGUAGUAGCAGCAGCAGCAGCAGUAGCAGCAGCAGCAGCCGUGAGUAAUAGGAACACGUGCUGGUUCACAAUAAGGAGUCCAGUAGUGGUAGGGGGAGACGCAGGAGUCUGAGCUAGACUACGAGGAGGAUCAGUUGCAAGAAAAAGAGUGGGAACAGGAGCAGGAGAAAGACUAGGAGUAGGGAAAUGAGAAUAAGCUGAAGCAUAAGAGGAAUGGAAAUCUUUUGCGUGUCUUUCUCUUGCCUUUUUUGCGUUUAUCCCUACGUUAGUGAUUGGACAACAUACCAAAAAAUUAUGGUGUACGUUCCCUUUCGUGUGCUAUAGUUACAUACUUUUCGUUACCCCCCUCGCUGUUAUUAUGCUUUUCUUUGAGGAAUUGGCAGAGAAACCCAAUCCUGGAGGUGUCGUACUAAUUGUUUGGGUAUAGGGGAAAACCGGUUUCUUGUUUUUAACAGAUUAUUAUCAAUAAACAGUGGAUCUUUCUGAUGUAAUUACCAACCUGAAAUAUACACCAAAGUAUAAUUGUGACCUUCCCGGGGAUUAAAACAAUUUAGAUAGUAUUGCUCGUGCAAUGUUAAUGAAAAAAGACGGUCUUUACACUAGUCUAAAUGAGUUGAAUAACAAGUGGUUAGCGAAGGUUUGAUAUAAACAGCGAUGACUUAUGUUACUCCCAUGAGCUUAAAGCUGAAUCAGAAUUAUAAUAUUGUGUAUGACUUACUUUUCACUAGUCCACACCCAAGGGAUUACGUUUUGCAGCAGUGAUCCACAAAUGACAAAUUGUGAAUUUCCAGCGCAUUGCGUCAACUCGAGUAGUGGUUUUUCGUGUAUAUGCAGUGAUGGCUUCGUUGGUGAUCCAUCCCUGUGUGAAGACGUGAAUGAAUGCACCAAUGGUUCACAUAACUGCCUCGUCAAUACCUUCUGUGUCAACACCGCAGGCUCGUACAACUGUUCAUGCAACCAGUCGGGAUACAGUUAUAACGGCAGCAUGUGUUUAGACAUCAACGAAUGCCAAUCUCUAGCAGAUGCUUGUCACAAAGACGCGUAUUGCAGCAAUUAUGAUGGAAACUAUACCUGUACUUGUGUGUCAGGGUACACUGGCAAUGGCACGAUAUGUAUAGCGCCAGAAAAAUGCCAAGUACCACUGGACCUAAUCUUUUUGCUCGACGCAUCAGGAAGUGUUGGAAAAGACAACUAUGUAAAAGAAAAAGAAUUCAUUAAGAUUGUGGCAAGCAGAUACGAACUAGAGAGAACCAGCCAAGCUGCUGUUAUUGCAUUUAGUAGUCGAGCCUCUAACAAAGUUCCGCUAGGCUCGAAGAACACAACGCUAUCGUUUGCUUCUGCGGUGGACAAUAUCCCGUAUGUCAGGGGGAUUACCCGUAUUGACCUCGCACUUCGUCUGGCCUACGAUGAGUAUUUUUCAUUAGAAGUCUCGAACGAUACUCAGAAACUAGUCAUAUUGUUGACUGAUGGGAUACAAAUCCACACCCAAGGGAUUACGUUUUGCAGCAGUGAUCCACAAAUGACAAAUUGUGAAUUUCCAGCGCAUUGCGAGAACACGAAUAGCGGUUUUUUGUGUGUAUGUAGCGAUGGCUUCGUUGGUAAUCCACCCUUGUGUGAAGACGUAGACGAGUGUGAGAACCUUUCCCGUUGUGCUGAGAAUGCCACCUGUACGAAUUUGGAUGGAUCUUAUGACUGCAACUGCUCAGCAGAGGAAUCCCAUCACUGCUUUGGGAAUACAUUGUGUGACAUUCCACGAGUAAGAAUAACUAAUGUUGGACGGACCGUGGAUCAACCCGCUGUGGUUCAGUUGAGUUCAUAUUACACAUUUGAAACAAACAUUGAAGUGAGGUGCGCUCAGAUAUGGGCACAAAACGCAUUUUGGAUACUGGCGGAUCCUUUGCUAAACGAUCCUGAGGCUAUUUUGAAUGGAACUAUAGUCUCAGCGAACACAAACGAAUGGACUCUCUCCGACCAUCAUUUACCAUUCGCCCAUGAUCUACACGCUUUAUACUUCAUUUUUACGAUAGCCCAAGGAGACAGUAAUAAAACAGAGGAGAUGGAGGCUGCUUUGGUACGGGUAUUGGGAGACUGGAAUCGACGGAGCCUGUUGUAG